AUGCUGCUAACCAGAGUUAUUCUCGCAGGGGCCGCAACGCAUCUCAUAGAAGUCGAGGAGCAAUGGUUCGAAGGCGCCCCGCGUUUCUCGAGUGAUGGAACAGAGUAUAUGCCUGGCGAAGGUCAUGAGGACUCUGGUUACACGGGCGAGCCCAGUAAAGCGAUUGACGACAAUUGGGAAUUGUUACACUGGGGACGCUUUUUUCUCCUUUCGGAAGACGAAGCUCGUGAGGCAUGGGGACCAGGAUAUACUGAAUAUUGGGCUCCCAGGGAAGGUGGAUACCUUGCGGCUCUCGAUGUCAUGCAUCAGCUGCACUGCAUAGAUCAUCUCAGAAAGGCAUACUUCCCAGACAUUUACCCUUCGGACAGUCCAGUCCAUGGCAGCAUACAUCGCGACCACUGCUUGGACCAUCUUCGGCAGAUGGUCAUGUGUAACAGCGACUUGACUCCAGUUCCAUCACGUUACUAUACCUCUCUCGAUGAUAAUUACAUUGAUUCGGAUCGACCCCAUACUUGCCGGAACUUUGGCAGGAUUCGGGAUUGGGUUUCUGCACGAUAUAACGGAACUUUGGCAGUUCCAAGGGCAGACGGGUUGGGCAGGCAAAACGACGAGUGGGGUGGAAGUCCAGGUAGAAGAUAA